AAUGGUGGCAAGAUAAGCCUGUGAUUGUCAUGGUAACGUUUAGUGAUACAACUGACAUCCACAAUAUGCAGCCACCAUCCUGUAUACCCACUUCAAUGUCACCUGGUGUACGGCGCAAACAACUGCUGUGGCAGAACGCAGUGAAACACAUCAUCAGCCAACAGGGGCUGAGGCAGCAGUUCGGCAUGGAGCCAGCCCAAAAGAUUCAUGUCACUGAUGCCUAUAUUGAGGAAAUCAACCAACAGAUACGCAGCAAAGCAUCACGGGGUAUGACUAAACGGCGUUCCUCGGUUGCCAGAGUUCAUCCAUCCUUUUUCGGGGAACGAGGCAGUGCAUCUAGUACACAGACUGGAGCAUCUGCGGACUAUGUCAGUGAUGCUGACUUUUUUGUGCACUGGGGCCACAUCAUCCAUGGGGUGUAUAUGCCAACACUGAGACACAUCUUCAAAUCCAAAGAUCUCGAGAAACUCUACCAGCGCCAUUCAUCACACACUAGAAGAACCUCAUUAGUUGUCACCAACAUUAUUGAUGCAGCUGCCAAACUACAACUGCUUUUGCUUUACCUGGCCCUGGCACCGGACAGUUCGGACAUACUGCUGGGCUGGUUUACAGGGUUCUUCAUGGCCUGCGCAACUGCCCUGUGUGUUUUGGUACUCACCUGUAAACGCUCACAUUCCCCAAGAUGGUUGCAUUACGCUGGUAUGGCUAGCUGGCUGUCACAGACUGCUCAGAUAUUGGGGGGGCUGGCAUACGGAUUGGAAAGAGACCAAUCAUGGUAUGUUCUGUUCAACCUGUUUGCCACAUACACUCUGCUGCCACUGUCACUGCUCUGGGCAAUCGGAGCUGGCACACUCACCUCCAUACUGCACCUCAUUGCAGAGACCACACGUCACCUCAGUGAAGUAGGACUGCUAAGAAAGAUUCUCGCCAAGGCUUUACUGUACACAUGUAUGAAUGUGGCAGGUCUGUUCAUACAUUACCUGACCGACCGGUCCCAGAGACAAGCCUUUCUUGAGACACGCCGCUGCAUCGAAGGCCGCAUGAAACUAGAAAUGGAAAACCAGAGACAGGAGCGUUUGGUGCUGUCGAUCAUACCCCGCUUUGUUGCCUUGGAGAUGAUUGCAGAUAUGACUUCUAUGGAUGAUGACCUUGAUCCACAGCAAUUUCACAAAAUAUACAUCCAUCAAUACAAAGAUGUCAGUAUCCUCUUUGCUGAUAUAAAGGGAUUCACACUAUUAUCCAUGAACAUGUCCGCUCAGGAGUUAGUGCGCUUACUCAAUGAGCUCUUUGGACGUUUCGACCGGCUAGCCGAGGAAUAUGACUGCUUGAGAAUAAAAAUCUUAGGGGACUGUUACUACUGUGUGUCUGGAGUACCAGAGCCUCAGCGGGCACAUGCCAGCUGCUGUGUGGAGAUGGGACUAGCUAUGAUCAGCACUAUACGAUCUAUAAGGAAACAGCAGAACUUUGACAUGGAUAUGCGGAUUGGGAUCCACUCUGGCUCUGUUCUUUGUGGGGUUCUUGGUCUACAAAAAUGGCAGUUUGAUGUGUGGUCCUGGGAUGUAGGCAUUGCCAACAUGCUUGAAGCAGGGGGGAUCCCUGGACGCAUACACAUUUCACGCGCUACUCUGAACUGCUUGGAUGGGAACUACCAAACAGAGGACGGGCGUGGAUAUGAACGCAAUGAGUUCCUACGAAAACACAAAAUUGACACUUUCCUUAUCUGCCACAAGGAAGAGGAUCUAGAUGAAAUUAAAGCUGAUCAUCUAAAAACCCGUCCCUGGAACAAAGAGAUCUUGGCCUCCUUCUCCAGUGGCUCUUACACACAACUUCCUACAUCCUCAGUGUGCAGAUCCACAUCCAAGGAGAUCAACAAACGGAUAGAGCACGCAAUCGAUCUCCGCAGCAGUGAGCGCAUGCGUCAAGAGCACAUUACUUCAGCCACAUUGGUGUUUAAGGAUACACACAUUGAGGAGAAGUUCUCACAGGUGAGGGAUGAGAUGUUUAAGACCAAUUUAGUAUGCUCCUUCAUUAUGUUUCUUCUCCUCAUGGCUGUCCAAGCCCUCAUCCCUGUACCCAGGUUGUAUCAGUGGACAGCAUUACAGUUUUGUCUGUUCUUGCUGGGAUAUCUAUUAUUGCUUGUGAUGGUCCUGGCUGAAGAGUUUAAACAUUCUCCAGGCAUCCUUCAGCAGUUUUGCUGCUGGGUCCAUGAAAACAACAGUAUGCGGAACAUUCUCACUGUCGCAGCUAUAGCCAUCAAUUUUGGCAUGGCCCUCUUUGACAUGAUAUGGUGCAACUCCACUGAGACAAGAGAAAUAAACACCAUUGAAACAGAGGACAAUAAGACCAGCCAGAAGCCAUUUACUGCCUGCACCUAUCCAGAGUUCUUCAUUCUGAGUGGGGUGGUUUCUAUGGUGACCUGUGCUGUGUUCCUGAGGCUGAGCUCUCUCUUGAAGUUGACUAUUCUGUUGUUAGUGGUGGCUGUCUAUACUUACUUCAUCGAAGUGUCCUUCCACAUGCUGUAUGUACAUCAACCAGAGCAGAAACAGUUUAGUAGGUCCCACUACCUCAGAAGAAAGGGAGUCUCAAUUCUGUUGAUGGCAAUGUUCAUCAUAGCUGUGUUUUACAAUGGACGACGGUGGGAGGCCACAACACGGCUUGACUUCCUGUGGCGUUUGCAAGCUCAGCAGGAAGUGCAGGAGAUGAGAGACCUGAGAGAACACAAUGAGUGUCUACUGCACAACAUCCUGCCUGCACACGUUGCUCGUCACUUCCUAGAGAGGAACAGAAAUGACCAGGAGCUGUACUCUCAGUCCUAUGAUGAGGUGGGGGUGAUGUUUGCCUCCAUCGCUGGCUUUAAUGACUACUAUGAGCAAAAGGAGAUCAAUCACGAGGGAGUUGAGUGUCUCAGACUGCUCAAUGAGAUCAUUGCGGACUUUGAUGAGUUGUUAGAGGAGUCAUAUUUUUUGAACAUUGAGAAAAUCAAAACCAUUGGCAGUUGCUACAUGGCAGCAUCUGGUUUAUCACCCGAUAAACAGUCUUGUGUUGCAAAUGACUUGCAUCAUAUCACUGAGUUGGUUCUGUUCGCUUUGGCUAUGCAAGAGACUCUGAGAGAGAUCAACAAACAUUCUUCAAACAAUUUCCAGCUGCGCGCUGGAAUUGCCCAUGGCCCUGUUGUUGCUGGGGUCAUCGGUGCCACCAAACCCCAGUAUGAUAUCUGGGGCAUGACAGUGAAUUUGGCAAGUCGGAUGGACAGUACUGGAGUCAGUGGAAGGAUUCAGGUCCCCGAGGGCACACGUAAUAUUCUAGCAGACUGGGGCUUCGUGCUAGAGUUGCGUGGUGAGAUAUACAUCAAAGGCGUCAGUGAAAGAAAGGGACGUGUCCGAACGUACUUCAUCAGCACCAAAAGGCGUCAGAUGGCAAGCAACGGUAUUUCGGACAGAGGAAAGAAUGGACGCAGUGGGAGGACCACCCUGGCCGCUGUGGUCUUUGGCCUUGUACAGGCCAUUCACAGAGAGAAACAGAGAGGUACCAAUGGAGGUUUCACUCUGCCAAACAGCAACUUUAGCCACUAAGGAUUAUGAUGUGACACAUCAAACCUGGAUUCACUGUAACUUGAAUGACACUCAGUUGAUACCCUGCCUUCAUCUUUGAAAGGAUACCUCAAAUAUCAUAUAAAAUCCUCAUAUGGACUUGUCUGUAGAACUUAUUUUUAGUAAUUUUUUUAAUUAUAUUUUCAUAAAUUUCACUUGUAACUUCUUAUAAUAAAACAAUCUAAUGAGAUCAAAAUC